AUGGCCGCUCCCAAAAUGGUUGAUAUCCGGCAGUUGAAUCCACAGCAACUGUCAGAAGUAAACCAGCGACUGGAGACAGAAAUCUCUGUCCUGAACAAUUGCCACGCCGAGCUUGUUGGAGUCAAAAAGAAGUUCAUCACUUCCCGUGAAGCCGUUUCGGAGCUCGAGGGAUGCGAAGGCGCCGAUGUGAUGGUCCCAUUGACUGGCUCCCUCUACGUCCGCGGAAAAUUUGCGGAGGAAACGCAAUUGAUCGUCGACAUCGGAACGCAAUUUUACGUGGAGAAAACGCCCAAGGAAGCGAUUGAAUUCUUCGACAGAAAGAUCAAAUAUGUUGAAGAGAACAUGGAGAAGAUCAUGCCACAGAUGAUGCAGAAGAACCAGUCACGCAACUUGGUCGAAUCGGAGAUCGUUCAAAAGAUGAAGGCAGCCAAGCUCGCCAAACCUUCCAAAUAA